AUGCCUGGCAUGAAGAUUGCUGGCACGGCACCCACCCUGGCAGAAGAUCCGAAUCGUCCUCUGUUCAGGGCCCACAAGUCGCUUCCUCGAAGAACAACUGUCGCUCCCAGCGUCCAGGUCAUCCAUGUGUCACCUGUUGACCACGUCCACGACGAUUCGUCAAACGGCCCUGUUAUCGCCACUGCCCCUGCUCUCCCUUUAACACCUCCCGGUGUCGCUCAAGAGGAGCUCCCAAGAAAUGAGGUCGAUAGGCAAAAGACCGCGUCCUCCCACUCUGUCGCGGGAGCCAUGACGCCUUCGAAACCGUCCCACCCGCCAACUCCUGAAACAACACCGCCUCGAGUUACCCCAACUGUCAACCGACUGGCCGUCAGCCAAUUUGGACAAGCAUCGGCCUCUUCCCGUGCCGAUUCCUUCCAGACAGCCUACGAGAUGAUGUCGGAUGGGGAGACAGAAACUCCCCGGCUUUCGUCCCGGUCAUCGUCGCGCUCGGUGAAGCUCCGAAUGACCCCGAAACAAUCGUCCGAGUCCAGCGAUACUAUAACUGAGGAAACGCCGGGAGUUGAGGCCAUGAAUUUAUCGAAGUAUGGCCCCUCAACUAGGCGAUCCGAGGACGUCAACGAUGACUUCCAUGAUCGGACAAAGGGCCCGGGCAAUGACUCCCACGUUGCAGUCAACCCUUCACCCCGGAACGGAGUGGAUGCGCCUGGCCUGAGCCUACCCCGGGUGCGCAACAAAUCUCUUCAAAAGCGAGUUCGCGACACUUGCGAGCCCCGGCACAGCCCAUCAGUCGAGCAGUUCCGGGAGAUUAUAGGCUGGCCUUCAGACAGCCAACACGAUACGGACAAAGAUUUUCGGAGAGUCUCGGGUGCAUCCGCCGCAUCAUCCACGAUUGAAGCUAUCAUUAUCGAUUCCCCGCGCCCCUCGAAGCGCACGUUGCGACAUACGGAAAAGAGAAGCUCUCUCCGUUCAGCUAGCUCCCCCAUUCCGAGGUCACAACGCACAUCACUGGUCUCGAAUCCGGAUUCCCAGCAUCGCCUCGUUCACAAGGUUGCCCGUAUCACUGAGAACGACCGCAGGAGUAUUGCAUCGGAGAUUUCCAACUCAGGAAGCUCGACGCUUGGUGUCGCACAACAGCAUGUGGAUGUCAUUCCCGUGGUCGUCAUCCCUCAGCGACGGUCGUCCUUGAAGUCUUCCGCUUCGACUAGCCAGAAUCCGUCCAAAGCCGGUUCUAGACGAUCAAGUCGCCGAGCGCCGACGUCAAGCAGUAGACCCGGGUCCAUGGACGUACCACGCCAGAGAAAACGGACCUUGUCCGAUUCUGAUGCCUUCGCUGCCGGUCGAACAGAGUCCAGGGGUCGAAGUUUCGGUCCUCCGAUCAUUCCUCCCCGAAGCAGCUCGCUGUCUGCACCGACAAGCCGAAACAACUCUCGAACGACGUCCUUGACUUCGGAGAGCCUGCAACACCAUACGAUUGCCAUGGACCUCAAAAUGCAAACUCGCCCAGCAGAAGCCCCCGCAGAAACAGCCGACAGACAUCCCAGCGGCCUUGGUCUUGGUGAUGUGCCAGACGUUCCGACAACACAAUCUAUAUUGAUAGGAGUGGAGGACAUGGCUCAUUUAAGGCCGCCGUCGGCGCCUUUCACGCAACUCUCGAUCCCAUCUUCCUCUCCCGGGCCCAUCGAAAUCAAUGAGGCCACGACGAUUGCCUUCUUCCCGCACAACAACGAAUCUCUGUUGCUAGUUGACCCGCGCGGUCAACAGGGCCCUCGGCCCAUAGCGCCGCGAGUGGAGUACCGAAAUAGCCUCGAAACACCGCAGACGCCCGUGACGCAUACGCAAUACGACGUAGACUCGCCGUUAAAGAACCCUCGUCGACCACCAAAGCCGCCCACAUACAAGACCAUCCCGCCUACGCAAUCCUCCGAAGCGGAUCGCCAACUGGGACAGACAACCAACGAUCGCGAAACUGAUGGGCGCCCAAGCCGCGGGCUUGGGUCGCUACGGCGCUGGGCAGCCCGGCCACGAUCUGAGUCCUUCAACUCCUUUACGAGAUCCCUGUCGCUGAGGUCCGCGAAGAACCGCAAGGCCGGUCAGGAUAUUGACUCCAGGCUCGAUCCGUUCUGGCGACCACGCCGAUUCUGGGAAGACUCGUCGGAUCCAGAGGACUCUGCUCGCGACGCGCCUGCGCAGCCAGCUAGAUCCGAUCAAGUCAUCAGCAAUUCUCUGGGUCUACCCCAACAGCGAGUUGUGUUCGAAGGCCCGAAGAUCUCUCGACGCGACCCGGCUACGAGGCGGCGUCUCGACGGGUCAAAGUCCCGCUACCAUGCGAGUAAAGGAUCCCUCAUCGGCAGCGGCGUCUUUGCGCCAGAAGCGCUGUACUCGCAAACCUCCCUCCAUCAUCGUCAAUUCCGCUCUCUCUCGUGGUGGAGACUGCGUCUCCGCUUCGGCCGUGUGCGCAGUAUGCGUCAGCGUUUGCGACGGACCCUCCAGCAGCGCGCCGAGGGCAAGCGAGAGGCCCGAAGAGAGAAGCUCAAGCAAAGCAUCGGCGAAGCUGUCCUUGUGGGGUCCAGCACGCAGACCAGAGCUAUUGCGCGGUAG